AUGCAGAUCACCAACUUCUUCCUCACCGCCCUGACUGCUGCUACUGCUGUCUCCGGCUCCCCCGUUACGAAGCGUGAGGUCAAGUCAAUGAUGGCGGCGGGUGUUGCGGAAUGGACCAUUGAAGCCUUUACCCGUACCUGCAAUGCCGAGGAUACCUCUUGCGACUACAGCUUCAACAUCAACACUCACAUCGCAGACCCCACCGCCUGCAAGUUCACAACUACCGGCGCACCUGCAAGCCGUGCUGCCUCAAACGCCAAAUGUGGAGUUUUCACCGUUACAUCCGGCUGGAGCGGACAGUUCGGUCCGGAUGCGGGAUUCACAACUUUCUCUGUCACGGACCAGAAGCUUAUUGUCUGGCCCGCCUACACCGACAAGCAGCUGGUCAACGGCCAGGUGGUAAACCCCGACCAAAGCUACGCUCCCCAGAACUUGCCUUAA